GUUCAGAGAUAAGUGUUCCGAAACCUCUGCGAGUUUAUUUGCGUUCCCGGUUGUGGGCCAGUGUACGGGAGAGAGCUAUGCCUCGUAGGGACGAUAACUUCAAUGGGGAAAUCGCUACUAAAUUCACCAUGGAUUUCAAAAUCCCACUGAAAAUACCUUCUAAGCCACAAACGGAGAUUGACGAACUAAACAGCAAUUCCGAUCCUGCAGAUACUACAAAAGGUCAAAACGAAUAUACAUCGCCGUUGCAACUGAUAGACACAGCUCUAGCAAAAGCAAAUCUUAAUGAGUUGAAUACGUCCACGGACGACGAGUCCGCUUCGCGUAAACGCAAGCAGACACCAUCAUCAACGGAUGGUGCACCGGAAUCAAUGCGGCCGGUACUUCCUCUUUACGGCCGCAAUAAAGACUAUCCAGAUGCUUUGAAUAAUCUGAUCAAACCCCUGCAUUGUGAUCUUUGUGGUGUACAGUUGACGGGAAGGAUGGUAGCCCAUGACCACUAUGAUUCCAGAAAACACAUCUCGAAAGUUAACAAUUGGCUGAGUAAGUGGUCAAGCGACACUGGUGAAACUGCACCUAAAGUCCUUAAGUUGUCUGAGGAAGGAGUCACGGGACCUGAUGCUUACCACUGCAAAGAUUGUGAUCUGCCUUUAACAUCGCUUCGCCAUGCACAACAACAUUACAAUGGAAAAAAACAUAAAAUGGUUGUUGCGCAGAUUUCUAAGCCAUCAGGAUCAGGAUACUAUGACUCCAAUGGAAAGUGGAUAAGAACGCCCACGAAUAUAAAAACCGAUUCGCGGUUUGGCAUUGGUGAAUCUUUUCGAAAACCAGCCGAAGUAGAAACACCCAAAAUAGAAGAAACCCAGAAGGUUGACGAGCAGAAACAUUGUAAAAUUUGCAAUAUAAGCGUAACGUCAGAAUCUCAAAUGGAAUUACAUUUGCGAGGCGCCAAACAUGCGAAAAAGCUUAAACUAGCAGAGAUACCGCCAUAUGCUUCGACGGAUGAUACACUACUUGCUUGUGUUCAAGGCAACCCGAAAAAUGAUGUCUCUAUGUACCGGACACCCUCUGGAAAUUAUUAUUGCAAAAUAUGUGAUAUAUCCUUGCAAGAUCCUUUUCAGUUGAAACAGCAUUUGGGUAGCAAACGACACACAAAAAAUUUGAAAAAGACUUCUCAGAACGAAGCGAAUACUACUCCGAACAAUAAUGGUCAUUAACAUUUCAUCUGAAGAAAAUGACUGGAUGAUUGACAGUAAGAGUUCAAAGUAUUUGUUGUGAUUAAAUAGCAGGUACAAUUCACGCGAAAUAUAGUAUAGUAAUGUGACAAAAGUUUUUGUGAUCUUCAGUAAACUGUAAUUAUUUUAAGUUUUAUCAGAAUGAUAUAAAAUUUAUAGAAUAAAGUACCCUGGAAGGAUAAA